GGUUCUCCACUCCAGAAUCAACGAAAGAAAACCGAAGAGGCACCCGGAAGUGAAGCUCUCCAUCGUUUCCACUCGUUAACCGAAAUAAAUAAGUUGCGUCCGCCAUAAAGAAGCAAAUCGUUCUGUCCAUUCAGACAUUUUCACAGGUAAAAUAAGUCCAGGUUUGUUAAGAGAAGCCACUACUGUCGCAGUUCUUCUGAAAAACCAAGGACAUGGAGCUGCUUCCUGUGACAGUUGUUUUGCUGUUCGUGUUGGUAGAGACCACCUACAGCUGGAAUCAAGACAGCGUGUUGCUGAGAGACAUCCAGGCUCUGACGUUCUACAGGAACCGCUUCACCACAGCCAGGCGCUCCAACCCGGUUCCCCAGCUGAAGUGUGUUGGCGGCUCUGCAGGCUGUCAUGUCUUCAUCCCAGACGUUGUCCAGUGUGUGAACAGAGGCUGGGAUGGCGUGGAUGUUCAGUGGGAGUGUAAGACGGAUAUGGACAACGCCUACAGGUUUGGUGCCAUUGAGGUGAGCUGUGAGGGUUACAGCCACCCGUCUGAUGACUACAUCCUGAAGGGCUCCUGUGGCCUGGAGUUCACCCUGGAGCUGACCCAGGAGGGUCAGAGGAGGACGCAAGGCAGCUUUGGCUCCCAGGGUGGAUUUAAACAAUGGGGAGGACUUGGGGGUCUUGCCUCUAGUUUCUUCAGCAGUUUCUUUGGAAACAGGCACCACCAACAUCAGCAGCACCAACAGCAGCAUCAGCAGCAGCACUACGCCCAAGACGGCGAGUCUUCAGGGGGAUUGCUGGUGGUCGCUGUGCUUCUCCUCAUAGCUUAUGGUCUCUACAAGCUGUUUCUCAGUGGGGACACAGUCCAGUGGGGACAGACUGGGGGACAGCCGGGCUACCCUCAUAAUAAUCACUCAAACAACAUGGGGGGACCGCCCCCACCUGGAUUCAAACCUGACUACACAGGCUUUCCAGGCACCAAUCCUGGCUAUGGUUUCCACAACGAUUACACUCAGGGACAAUAUUACCAAGGACGCCGCUCUGGUCCCGGCACCGGCGGCGGCGGCGGCUUCUGGACUGGGAUGGGAACGGGAGGAAUGCUGGGAUAUCUGUUCGGUCGACAGAGAACGCAGCCCUGCAGUCCACCUCCACCAGGACAAAACCACUCCUCUGGGACAAAUACGUCCUCUGGGACACGCACUGCUUCAGGUUUUGGUGGAACCAAAAGACGAUAGAAGUUGGAGAUUUGGAAAUUUUCUCCUCAGCAUAUGCUGGAAGCAGCUAAGCUUCUGCUUUUUAGUCGCCAACAGGACGAGAGUUUCAUAAAGACUUCAGGUCGUAAAGUGAUAAUGUGAUUGUUUUUAAUUUUUUGGAAAGGUGAGGAGCUGCUUGUGGAGGAAAAGCUUUUCUUAGUCUCUCAUCUUAGGUUUUCUUCUUUUUUUUGUUUCUUCCAUUAUGAAAAAGUUUUUGCAGUGGUUUGAUCAUUUGACUGGAACGAUGUUACAGGUAAAAUCCAGAUUUAAAAUUUCAGCUUUUACUAAUUUCCAUCCCAACUCUUUAAAUGAGCAAAGAUGAAGGAACAUUUUGUGUUGAACUGAAGCUGAACCGAAGAAAAUGACAAAUACAUUUAGAAUCUGUACAUUUUAAUAGAAAAUGGUUGUAGUAUAAAUUUAAAUGGUAGAAAAUAUAUAUUCAUCUACCAGUGCCUUCAGCUGCCAGUCCUUUUCUCCUGUUUUGCUGAAUAAAUUAUUUUCUUUACUAUAUUUAUACGCCUGUUGAAAAGCAGCUCUCACACAUCAUGUAGAGAACAAAUCUUUCAUUGAUGUUCAGCAACUAAUACUUCUUGUUUUUCCAGGUCUAAAUACAUUUUUAAAAAAUAUUUUUUUUUAGAAAAUAUUGAGCAGUAAUAAAUAACUCGGUGUGAAUAUUUAAGAAUGUUUUGCUUUUUUGUAUUAAAUUUUAAAUUCUUGUGUGAAGGCGUCUGGUGAGUCCAGAUUACCCUCUUCCAGAGCGAUGGGCGCUUCAGAGUUAGAUGAAGUGAUGCUCCCAUCAUGCCUUGUUCUUACUGCAGCAGCCGGUGGUGGCAGCACUAUGAUCUGGGGUGGCUGCAGGUUUUCAAUACAAGAUUUUGGUGAAUAACUAAUGCAGCACUGUAUGUAAAUAAACGUAACAGAAGCGUAUAAAAACA